ACACUCGCCGAGCUAGCUCACUCUCAGCACUAGUAACUCCCCCACAGUGCCAGUGCCAGUGCCAGUGCCACCCAGCCAGCAGCAUGGGCUCGCCGGCGGCGCGCCAGCUGAGGCAGCUCAAGCCGCUGUACCAGCACGUGGUGAACCACUUCGUGGCCGUGCUCGCGGCGCCGCUGGCCGUGGCGGCCGCCGUCAGCGCGGGGCGCGCCGGGCCCGGGGAGCUGCUCGCCAGGCUGCAGGCGCUCCGGGCGGCGCACCUUCUCCUCGCCGCCUUCGUCCCCGCCGCCGCGGCGGCGCUGUACCUCCUGCUGCGCCCGCGGCCGGUGUACCUGGUCGACUACGCCUGCUUCCGCACGCGGCCCAACUGCCGCGUCCCCUUCGCCACCUUCCUGGAGCACGCCAAGCUGGUGACCUUCGUCGAGGGCGCCUCCAUCGACGAGCGCAGCGUCCGGUUCAUGACGCGGCUGCUGGAGCGCUCGGGGCUCGGGGAGGAGACCUGCCUGCCCCCCGCGCACCACUACAUCCCACCCUACCGGAACAUGGAGGCGUCGCGCGCCGAGGUGGAGCUGGUCAUCUUCUCCGCCAUCGACGACCUGCUCGCCAAGACCGGGAUCAGCCCGGGCGCCAUCGACAUCCUCGUCGUCAACUGCAGCCUCUUCGCGCCCGUCCCGUCCUUCACGGACAUGAUCAUCCGCCGGUACGGGAUGCGGGAGGACAUCCGGAACGUGCACCUGUCCGGGAUGGGGUGCAGCGCGGGGCUCAUCUCCGUGGGGCUGGCGCGCAACUUCCUGCAGGUGGCGCCCCGGGGCGCGCACGCGCUGGUGGUGUCCACGGAGACCAUCACGCCCAACUACUACGUGGGCAAGGAGCGCGCCAUGCUCCUGCCCAACUGCCUCUUCCGCAUGGGCGGCGCCGCCGUGCUGCUGUCGACGUCGCGCGCCAGGGCGCGGUUCCGGCUCGCCCGCGUGGUGCGCACGCUGACGGGCGCCGGCGACAGCGCCUACCGGUGCGUGUUCCAGGAGGAGGACGGCGAGGGCCACCGCGGGAUCAACCUGUCCAAGGACCUGAUGACCAUCGCCGGCGACGCGCUCAAGGCCAACAUCACCGCCAUCGGCCCGCUGGUGCUGCCGGCGUCGGAGCAGCUGCUGUUCGCGCUCUCCUUCAUCGCGCGGCGCGUGCUCAACAACCGCCGCGUCAAGCCGUACCUCCCGGACUUCCGCACGGCGUUCGAGCACUUCUGCAUCCACGCGGGGGGCCGCGCCGUCAUCGACGAGCUGCAGCGCAGCCUGGGGCUGUCGGACCAGGACGUGGAGGCGUCGCGGAUGGCGCUGCACCGGUUCGGCAACACGUCCAGCAGCUCGGUCUGGUACGAGCUGGCCUACAUCGAGGCCAAGGGCCGGAUGCGCAAGGGCGACCGCGUGUGGAUGAUCGGCUUCGGGUCCGGGUUCAAGUGCAACAGCGCGGCGUGGGAGUGCAUGGCGCCGGCGCGCUCCGCCGAGGGGCCGUGGGAGGACAGCAUCUGCCGCUACCCCGUCGACAUCCCGGAGGUGCUCAAGCACUAGCCAGCCGCCGCCGCCGCCUGAUUUGCAUCCGUCGGCGGCGCGAGCAUGUAGUGUCGGUCUCCCCCGCUCUUGAAACCGGCAGACCGGCCGCGCGCGUGCCGGCCGGUGACGAGGAAAGAAGACGGUCUCCGACGUGACAGCGCGCGUGUUGUUGGUGCCGGGCGGCCAGGCCGGGCGCGUUGAAUGCCGAGGCUGGCGCGUCCAUGUGUGCGCUCCUCCCCGGACCCCGGAGGCGGGGGCUGGUGGUUGCGCGCGGGCACGCCGGGGAGGGUUAAAACUUAAAAUCCCCGGCCAUUUACACACGUAGUACAGUACUCGUCGUCCUCAUUUGUACCCUUCCUUUCUGUCUUUUCGCUUCCUUUUUUUUACUACAGUACCUCAUUUGUUUGGGUCACCACCACUAAUAAUUUUAAUUUUACGUUUGUCUGUAUUCAAAAGCAAGUCAAGAAAUGUACUGCGAGAGCCGGAUCGGUCACACUACUGCUUGCUUACUGCUGCUACUACAGCAUUUGUACCUCUAAAUAAUAACACAGUGAUUUCAUUAUUUA